AUGGCGGCCACAUUGGAUUUUUUGAAACUGGAAGCAUUAUUCCCCCUGUUUGUCGGUCCACAAUUGGCUCACGAUUUUUCUAUUGAGAUCUAUAAAGAAGGAGAUUCAUUUUCUGAUGCCGAACUUUGUUACUAUCAUGUGGGCUUAGGAGCAAAGGGAAAGACUGUAAUGUAUAAUUGUAAACAGAUAAUAAAAGGUCGCUAUGUAAGAAUUAUUAUUAAUGGUCAACCGGGUGCUAGAGAGUAUAUGUCAUUGUGUGAGGUUCGAGUAUUUGGGACUCAACUUGCCAGUAUCAAGUCGUCAUACAUUCAAUUAGAAAAUGUUGAAUUAGUAGUCAAUCCGGAUAUAAGGUAUGGUGUACAAGGAUAUGGUCAAUGUGCUAUGAAAUGUUAUGUGUUACCAAUGUGUCAUAUCUUCAGUGUUAAAUUGAUGUAUGGUUAUUAUCUGUGUAAAAUAUUUACACAGGAACAUACCCUGCUUGCUACUCUACAGGAAGUCCCGAUACUGUAG